AAUAAAAAACAACCGCAACAAGAGACUUCUUCAAACAUUACCUAACAAUCAAAGCCCUUUCUUUCAUAAAAAUUUCACCUUUUAGUCCUUCUAGAUUUUAAGGAACCAUUCAUCCUACAUAAAUGACCGUUAUUAUAGUUUUCACGCGCAUUGCAUUAAACUUUUCUUGUGCCUUGUUAGUCUCACGCGCUUAUCCACCUCUCAUGUCCCUAUUAAUCAAACAUAUCUCCUUCUUCCUCCAUUGAUACCUCACCCACACACACUCACACCAUGACACCCUUUCUCUUCUUUGCUUCCAUCUUCCUCUUUGUCCUCAUCAACACCUACUUCUUCUCCUCUCCCAAGUUCUUCUCAUGGCUUUCUUCCCUCCUUUUAAAGUGUUUCCAUGUUGCCAAACAAAUCAAGAAGAAGCAGAAGAAGGGGAAUGAAAUACCGGUACUCAUCUUCGAAAAGACCGAGCUAGAGACGAUGUUUUCGACCUUCGAUAAAGACGGCGAUGGCUUCAUCACCAUGCAAGAGCUUGAGGAGUCACUUAGGAAGCUUGGGCUCAUCUCCACAGAGAAGGAACUUGUUAGUAUGAUUGAGAGAGUUGAUGCUAAUAGAGAUGGGCUUAUAGACCUUGAUGAGUUUCAAAAGCUUUAUGAGUCUAUAGUAAAAGGUAACAAUAAUGGAGAUGAUGAUGGUGAUGAUGAAGAUCAAAAGGAGAUGGAUUUGAAAGAGGCUUUUGAUGUGUUUGAUGGGAAUAGAGAUGGGUUGAUCACAGUGGAUGAGUUAGGCUUGGUGUUGAGCUCUUUGGGUCUUGGUAGAAGGGUUGAAGAUUACAAGGAGAUGAUAAAGAAGGUUGAUCUUGAUGGAGAUGGCAUGGUUAACUUUGAUGAGUUCAAGAGGAUGAUGAUGUCCAACAAUGUUGGAAAACUUUUAUAGACUUUAUAUAUAUAUAUAUAUCUCUUUCCCUUAUGCUAAUUUGAUUAACUUGUGUGAAUUAUGUAACUAUUGUUAUCAGAUCUUCUUCUUCUUCUGUGUGUGUGUGUGUGUGUGUGUGUGGCAAAAAAGAGUGAAAAGCAUGUACAAUCUCUCUUUAUCCUUUACAUCAUGUAAUAUAUAUUUGAUUAAACUUAGAUAUGCGUUCAUUCUCUCUUUAA